AAGACGGAGGCAGGGCAGUGAUCAGUAACCAAUCGGAGCAGCCCCAGUGAGCUGCAGCAGCACAGCAGACAAGCUGAGGGUUUUGAAGGUGCACAGUGCUGGAGUCGCUUGCCUCUCUGAGGACAUAAGAGCAGCUGUGCUGGGAGCAGUAAGAAACUCCCUAUUUUCUUCUUCAAAAAAUAAGUUCGUUGACAGCAGUUUAGGGCAAGUCAGCCAAGAUUCCCUUUGAUGAAUAAUAAAAAGAACUCCAACAGUGAGUGUCCUGCUGGGAAAAGUGCUGCUUCAGAUUUGAAGAAGAUGCCUGUAUUGUGGAAAAGGCUACAUGGAAUUUCAAAAUAAGUCAAUUUAGGAUGUAAAUGAAUUAUAAUAAGUUACGAUCAAUAAAGAAAGACAAUGGGUGUACAAAGAAAACCUUAUUGGACGGGGUUUCCCAGAAGAAUAUAGGUUGAUAUCACAUAUAUCUGCUCUUUUGGAUUACAAAAUCACAAGGAAAAGGGGAAGCAUUUCCAUUUGGAAGAGACCCUACAAUGAGAAUUCCAAAUACAUCAGGUAUCUGUCCAGUUCUAGUGUGUCUCUGUUUUGUGCAGAGGUGUUAUGGAUCAACACAUCACACGUCCAUCAAGGUGACUAGAAAUCAAACCAAACACAUAGAUGGGGAAACAGAAGUACACCAUCGCCCAAAACGUGGAUGGGUGUGGAAUCAGUUCUUUGUUUUAGAAGAACAUAUAGGACCAGAUCCUCAGUAUGUGGGAAAGCUGCACUCAAAUUCAGACAAAGGGGAUGGAUCAGUAAGGUACAUACUAACAGGAGAAGGUGCUGGAACAAUAUUUCUCAUAGAUGACACAACGGGGGACAUUCAUGCAAUGAAAAGCCUUGACCGAGAACAGAAAACUCAUUACGUCCUACAUGCACAAGCAAUUGACAGGAGAACAGACAAACCACUUGAGCCAAAAUCAGAGUUUAUUAUUAAAGUACAAGACAUCAAUGACAACGCCCCUGAAUUUCCUGAUGGACCUUACAUUGUCACCGUUCCAGAAAUGUCUGAGAUUGGUACGUCAGUUAUUCAGGUGACAGCUACAGAUGGGGAUGACCCUACAUAUGGAAACAGUGCAAGGGUUGUUUAUAGUAUUCUUCAAGGGCAACCUUACUUUUCAGUUGAUCCCAAAACAGGUGUUAUCAGAACAGCAUUGCCCAACAUGGACAGGGAAGCUAGAGAACACUAUACUGUUGUUAUUCAAGCUAAAGACAUGGCUGGUCAAGUUGGAGGACUUUCUGGAUCAACAACAAUCAAUGUAACCCUUACUGAUGUCAAUGAUAAUCCACCAAGAUUUCCUCAAAAACAUUAUCAGCUGUAUGUUCCUGAAUCAGCACAAGUUGGCUCUGCAGUUGGCAAGAUCAAAGCAAACGAUGCAGACACUGGAUUGAAUGCUGACAUCAGGUACUCAAUUACCAAUGGAGAUGGUGUUUUCUCAAUAUCUACUGAUAAAGAAACAAGAGAAGGAAUCUUAAUGCUUAAAAAACCUUUGAACUACGAGAAAAAGAAGUUAUAUACUCUUAAUAUUGAAGGAGCGAAUACCUACUUGGAUUUUCGUUUUUCUCAUAUGGGACCCUUUAAAGACACAACAAUGCUAAAAGUCAAUGUGGGAGAUGUAGAUGAGCCUCCAUUGUUCACAUUGCCUUUUUAUGAGAUGGAGGUUUAUGAAAAUGCAAAAGCUGGCACUGUAGUGGGAACAGUGACUGCACAUGAUCCAGACAGUGCUAACAGUCUAGUAAGAUAUUUUAUUGACAACAAUUCUCAAGAUCAGAAAGAAUUUAACAUUGACUCAAAUACUGGAUUGAUAACAACAACAAAGCAUCUGGAUCGGGAAGAGAAUCCUUGGUACAAUAUUACCGUUAGUGCUUCUGAGACAGGCUAUCCUUCACUUGUGAGCCAUGUUUCAGUUGGAAUCAGAGUUUUAGAUGUUAAUGACAACCCUCCAUAUAUUUCUAAUGAAGACAUUGUUGUUUGUGAGAAUGGCAGGCCUGGCCAGGUUAUUCAUACUAUCAAAGCAAUUGACAAGGAUGACACUGCAAAUGGAGCAAGAUUCUACUUUUCGCUACAAGAAUCCCAAUCUAUAAAUCCAAACUUUACAUUGAGGAAUAAUGAAGAUAACACUGCAAGUAUUUUAACACGUCGGAGAAGGUUCAGUAGAACAUCACAGGAUCUGUAUUAUCUCCCUGUUGUUGUGGCUGAUAGUGGAAUUCCUCAUUUAAGUAGCACCAGCACCCUUACAAUAAGAGUAUGUGCAUGUGAGAGAGAUGGGCGCAUACGGACAUGCCAUGCUGAAGCCUUUCUCUCUUCUGCAGGACUGAGUACUGGAGCCUUAAUUGCAAUUCUUCUUUGUGUUGUUAUUCUACUAGCAAUUGUGGUUCUCUUCAUUACCCUAAGGAGAGGAAAAAAAGAGCCUCUUAUUAUCUCUGAGGAAGAUGUUCGAGAAAAUGUGGUGACUUAUGAUGAUGAAGGCGGUGGAGAAGAAGACACUGAAGCUUUUGAUAUUUGUGCUUUGCGAAACCCUUCUGCUGCAGAGGAACUGAAGUACAGGAGGGAUGUAAGACCUGAAGUUAUGUGUACACCAAGACUUCAAGCUCUUUCAGCAAUUGACAACAUCAAUGUUCAGGAAUUUCUCAAACAAAGACUGGCUGAGGCAGACCAUGACCCGGGUGUGCCCCCUUAUGACUCCUUGCAGACAUAUGCUUAUGAGGGACAAAGAUCAGAAGCAGGAUCUAUCAGUUCUCUAGAUUCAUUAGGAACACAAUCGGAUCAGGAUUAUAAUUUCCUUGAUGAAUGGGGACCGGAGUUUAAAAAGUUAGCAGAACUCUAUGGAGAAAUGAAACCUGACAGAACAACUUAAUUUCUUAUUUCAACAGUCUUUUAUUUACAAAAAAAAACUGGAAGCUAACCACGAGUUUAUCAAUAAAUUCAUACUUGGAACUGAAAAA